AUGUAUCCCAUCUCCGAUCUCACGGCGUUCUGCCGCAAGACCACCGGGGAUGUACCUCCCAAGCUCGUGGGCGCGUCCACCACGGUCAUAGGGUCCAAAAUGUACCUCUAUGGGGGACGUUUGGUCUCAGAGCGCAAAAUGGUGUCGGAUAUCUAUCAGUUCGACCUCGAGACCUUCAAGUGGGAGAAGGUGCCCCAAUCUCCCGAUGAUGAUAUCCCCCAGGCGCGUUACUUCCACAGCGCUGAUACAUGGCGGAAUCAUCUUAUCAUCUUUGGAGGCAUGGCGAUAAAGCCACAAUCCGACAAUCCGGAGGAUCUGUGCGUUCUGAACGAUGUCCGUCUCUUUGAUCUCACCACCCGGCACUGGCUUCCUGGUGCGCCCAUCUCCGCCGAUUCUUCCCUCGUUCCGAACGCACGUUACGCACAUCUGUCCUCUGUGACUGCGGAUCGACUGUUCAUCAUCGGCGGCCAAGACCUUGCCAACGUCUGGCUGGAUGACGUCUACAUCUUCGACCUUGUCGCGAGAACAUGGAUUCAGCGCCGCGAUUACCCCAGGCACUGUGGUACAUACCGAAGUGUAGCAGUCACAUCCGACCAACGCGUUCGCCUUCCACAGGACGAGCUACGGAGUCUCAACCAGUCCACGACGAGGCUUGGCCAACCUGGAACACGGUUCAACAUCGACAAGAAGGCACCCCCUGCCCCAAACGUGACGCAGAGCGAGUCCUUGAUUUACCUCCCGUACUCCGCUGCGCCUACCGACGAUUAUCCCUGUGAUAUCUUCCUCUUCAGCAACUACAACUUCACCGAUGUUCAGCGUGAGCUGGAGGUGUUCACUCCUCUGUCGGAUGGCGAUUUUACUGUGUCCGACCGGUCAUCGUCUAUGACCGGUGCCUCCUUCCCACCUGGUCUGCGCUUUCCUACGGGCGCAAUUCUCGGCACAUUCUUCAUCGUAGCAGGCACCUAUCUCUCGCAGACUUACCAAUCCUUCUCUAUCUGGGCCUUGGAUCUGAUUAACAUGACUUGGUCUCGGAUUGACCCGGGCAGUGCUCUCGCGUCCGGCUCCUGGUUCCGCAGCUGCUUGUGGGCGUCUGCCAAUAAGUUUGUCGUUUUCGGAAAUCGACAUGGGAAUCUGGUAGAAGACUACAACCGUCGGCUCCUUAGCUGGGAUCACGUCACCUGCAUUGACCUGGAGGCGUUUGGGAUAUACCAGCCGCCCCCUCUUCAGCUUGACAUCCCAAUGCAGGAGCUUGGUUUGGCCGCGUUGGAGGAGGGCCUCAUGUCUGACUUCGAGAUUAUCUGCGACGAUGGACGAAGAAUCAAGGUUUCGCGGAGACUCUUGGAGGAGCGCUGGCCUUGGUUUAGAGAACAGCGGAAGCUGUUCUUACAGGCUGCCUCUCGUGCGCUGGAGACAAUGCCGGCCGUCGCUUCGCACUCUCCCAAUCCGGACGUUCCGACCGCCGUCCGCCAAGAACCUCGACCAGAUCCUCGCCUCGCUUCCCGAGCGUUCAAUCUCUCAGAACCGUACCCCAUCGCGCUAGCGUUCAUGCAGUACUUCUAUUCCAUGGCAUUGAUCACUCCACUCCAGCAUGCACCCGCAGUCUUGAGCCAACUUCUGCUCCUGUCGAGCACGUAUCAACUUGACCACCUGCAGUCGCUUGUCAAGCACGCGAUGCAUCGCGCGCUGAGCUACGCGACCUCUGUCGGCAUCUACGGUGUGUCCACGCUCUGCAGCUGCAGGAGUCUCCAAAUCAGGUAA